UGUAGAUUCAUGAUAUCUGCUUAAAUAAUGUCUAUACACAAUUUUUUAUCAAUUUGUAAUUCUGAAGUAAAUUUAUUGGGUGAUUCUGCAACUAACUUUUUUUUUUUUUUUUUCUGUUGUACAAAUUGUGUGACAAUUAAGGUUGACCAUUAUUUAGAGGACCUGAUCAGUCAGUUGCCAGAUGACAUUCUUGUUCUCAUACUCUCUUUUUUGACCAUCAAGGAAGCAACAGUUAUUAGUGUCCUAUCAAGUCGAUGGACGUAUCUUUGGACGUAUCACACUCGUCUUGACUUUGAUUACAAAGAAUUAUAUGAUGACAAAGAAACAUACAUUUAUGGGCUCAAAAAUUACGAGACAAAAAGGCUGAGAUAUGUCAAUUGGGUGAAUCGUGUUGUGCAAUUGUAUAGUGGUUCAACUAUUGAAGAAUUCUGUGUUCGUUUUGAUUUAGGUAAAGAUUCGGAAAGUGAUGUUAAUAAGUGGCUCAAGUUUGCAUUAUCAAAGAGAAUUCAGAGGCUUGAGUUGGACCUGAAAGGUGUUUUACACCAUGACAAGAAGCCUUAUAUUUUUUCAUACCGAUUGCUAAAAUUAUUGCACCAGAGUAAAGGCACUUCUUCAAAUUUCUGUGGCAUGCGUCCUUCUACAUUUGUUGGAUUUAAUACGCUCAAAGCACUUUUUUUGAAGAAUGUAAAUGUGAGUGGAGAAGUUCUGGAGUAUUUCUUGUCCAGCUGUCCAGUUCUCGAACAGAUGGGUGUUCAUUUUUCCAAGCAUCUGGUUAAUUUAAAAGUUGUUGGCCCAUCACUUGUGUUGAAGCAGCUGGAGAUAUGCCACUGUCGGAGAAUAAAAUCCAUUGAAAUCCGGAACGUAAACCUAGUUUCUUUUACAGUUUUGGUAGGAGGGAAGAUCAGCUUCCUUCUUGAGAAUGUCCCUAUGCUUGUUGAUUUAAAUAUUGAUGGGCGGAUUUCGAGAUCCUUGACUGAUGUUUUUGCACAGGGUGUUGGAUUUAAUGCGCUCAAAGCAAUUUUUUUGAAGCAUGUAAAUGUGAGUGGAGAAGUUCUGGAGUAUUUCUUGUCCAGCUGUCCAGUUCUCGAACGGAUGGGUGUUCAUUUUUCCGAGGAUCUGAUUAAUUUAAAAGUUGUUGGCCCAUCACUUGCGUUGAAGCAGCUGGAGAUAUGCCACUGUUGGAGAAUAAAAUCCAUUGAAAUUCGCAACGUAAACCUAGUUUCUUUAACAGUUAUGGGAGGGAAGAUCAGCUUCCUUCUUGAGAAUGUCCCUAUGCUUGUUGAUUUAAAUAUUGAUUGGCGGAUUUCAAGAUCCUUGGCUGGUGUUUUUGCACUGUUUGCUUGCUGCCUUUCUCAGUUGGAGAUUCUUUCGUUAGAUACCUCAGAUUCUGAGGUUUGCAUGUAG